UUUUCGGCAACACUCACAUUGUAGUGUAAGCCAGCAGCGACAUGCAGCACAUGUCGUCUCCGGUCAGGUUCCGCAGCACUAAGAAAGUUGUCCAAUCUGUCCAUCGAGGACCAGGAGGACACUCAGUUUCCGUACGCCAUGAGGGAUCUGCCUCCCGUGUCUCAGCCUGGCGAACAGAACCAGACAGAAGACCACCAUGAGGCAGAGGGGAGCGGGACAGCACCGAACGGCAGACUCCCCAGCCUCCCCGGGACUCCCUCUCUGCCCCGUCCCAUCCCCGUCUACGCUUCUGGAUCCCCGACUGUCCCUCAAAGAUCAAUUCGUGUGAGAACUGACGCAGAGUUUCAUUCCCUGCAGCUGAGGAGGCAGUUCGCCUCUUAUUCGUCCAUGGAGCGUCCUCUCAGCCCGGCCUCACGUCCUCACAGCCCAUGGGGACGCUUUGAUCCCUAUGAAUCUGCAGAGGAUCAGGAAAAGGAGUAUGUUGGUUUUGCCACAUUGCCCCACCAGGUUCAGAGGAAGACGGUGAAGAAAGGUUUCACAUUUACCCUUAUGGUGGCAGGAGAAUCUGGCCUCGGUAAAUCCACACUUAUCAACAGUUUGUUCCUCACGGACCUCUACAAAGACAGGAAGGUUCCCAAUGCAGAAGAACGGAUCAAUCAAACAGUGGGCAUUCUCACACACACAGUUAGCAUCGAAGAGAAAGGAAUCAAAUUGAGGCUCACCGUCAUCGACACACCAGGGUUUGGAGACUCCAUCAACGAGACAGGAAGCUGGAAGCCAUUAGAGGACUAUAUCGACAAGCAGUUUGAACAGUACUUCAGAGAUGAGAGCGGGCUGAACAGAAGGAACAUCCAGGACAACAGAGUCCACUGCUGCCUCUACUUCAUCUCUCCAUAUGGCCACGGUCUUAGACCUCUGGAUGUGGCGUGUAUGAAGGCCUUGCACAACAAAGUCAACAUAGUCCCUGUAGUGGCCAAGGCAGACAGCUUGACAGAAGCAGAGGUCCAGAGAAAGAAGAUGAAGAUCAGAGAGCAGAUCGAGCACUUUGGGAUCAACAUCUAUCAGUUUCCUGAGUGUGAUUCAGAUGAGGAUGAAGACUUAAAAAAACAGGAUCAAUUACUCAAGGACAGCAUCCCGUUUGCAGUAAUUGGGAGUAAUGUUCAGGUGGAGAGUGACGGCCACAAGGUCAGAGGUCGAGUCUAUCCCUGGGGUGUGGUAGAAGUGGAGAACCCGGCUCACUCCGACUUCCUGCUGCUGAGGAACAUGUUGGUGAAAACCCAUAUGCAGGACCUGAAAGACCAAACGGGCGAGACACACUAUGAAAAUUUUAGAGCCCAGUGCAUCUCAAAUAUGACGCGCAUGGAGUGUCAUGCAUCAGGAGCGCAGCGUAGCAGACUCCUCCCUGCCGCUGGCUGCAGCUGACACCGAGACGCAAAGGCUCAUCGCUGAGGAAGAUGCAGGAGGUGCUGUAGAGAGUCCAGCAGCACAUGCAUCAAAGCCAGAGAGACGGUUUCUGAGCAACCAGGAACACAGAGGAAGCUCCGUUUCUGAUGCAUGAGGAGCAAAAAGAAGAUGGAACUCAUUUACAUUAGGGUCCUUGUUUAAUGGACUUACUUACCAUCUUAAAGUGAUGAAGGCUGGCAUCAUGGUCCUCCAGGGUCACACAAACAUUUCUUUUGGAAAAAAAGGUGCUAUGGUUAAAAGGAGCCACCACUCCACAAUCCCAACAACACACCCAGAGAUCCGUUAGAUGAAUAAACGCCAUUCAAAAAAGCUCAUUAGAAACAACCCUCAAUGUAAAAAGGGUUGUGUUCAAGAUGUUCAGGUCUCACUUCUUCCAAAGAGAGAGUUUUUCGGCUGCUUCACAUUCAUUAUUACUUUUAUUCUAUUAGUUUAAUCAAAUGCUUCUCUUGUAGUAACCUUGAUAAGGGUGUAAAACUGCCAUCUAGGGGACAUUGUAGUGAGGUGAUAGUUGGGUCUUAAAUGUAUAAACAUUUUUCAUAUUGUACUACUUUUCAAUCAACUGUUUUUUUAAGUUUUAUUUGUAAUCUUUAGUUUUAGAUGUUUUGUAUGGACAAGUGAAACAUUUCAAUAAAAAAACAUUCAAACUGCAGAUGGUUUAUGUUGUUACAGGAGAAAAUAAAUAAAUACAGGAGCAAGAUGUGUUGUAAAUGUAAUAAGAUUUAUUAAGAAUCUUUAUUAUUUCAUCAGCAAAAUUCUUCAUCAUUAAUAUGUUUUAUCCAUUAUCAUCAUUGUUAUCUUGAACAGUGGACAGUUAGAUCUAAAAGGCAGCCCAAAGUGUACAGGCGAUAUAUAACUUAAAACUUUCUCCAUAGGGAAAACAUGUUUUUAUAUUCAUAUAUAAUAUCAAUGUAGCAUGAGGUCCAAGAUCCUGCCCACGUUAUACAGUAUUGUACAUGGUCCCAAAAAAAACGAAACGUUUAUACAAAAGAAACUUAACCGGCAAUCUACAUGCAACAAAACCAAAAAGAAACAAGCGUUUAAAAUUUUAAGACACAUACACUCAUAUGCCAAAACGUGCAUACAAUCACAAAUUUACAAAACUUUCAUACAUACAUACAAAUAUUACAAAACUCAAAUAUUAGAACUUAUGUUAUCCAGAAAAGAGCAUAUUUUUUUCUUUUUAUUUACUUUUUCCACUCAUUGUCUCAGUCCAUCUCACAAAAUGGAAAACUUAAAAACGUAAAAAAAAAUCCAAUCAUGACAGUAAAUAUUUGUCUCUUCCAUUCGCUCAUUGUGUUCGUGUUUUGCCGGAGUUGUCACAGUGUUCAGUAAAACUGAGUUAAGGCACACACGAUAGCACCCAGACAGACUCAUCCCAUAAAUCAACUCUGUGUAAAAAAAUAGCUUGCUUGCUACACGCACACACUCCAUCAUGCACGGGGCAAACUGCAGAACCAAAAACAGCCAUGCUACAGGUACAGUAGGAUAACUAUAGUACAGGAUAUAAAACGUAUUGAAUAGUUACAUAUACAGACAUAACACACAGACACAGCAGAGGACAGUGACUACAUAUACUGAUGGGAGAUUUCAUGGUGUGACAUGUAUAGGCUGGCAAGAAGGCUGUGAAGCCAUUUUGAGUGUGUGCACAUUAACAUACAUAGACAUACGCAAAGACAAGUGGGUUUCAACACAUUUUCUGGUCUGGAGCAGAAGAUUUGGCUUUGUGUUCGCUAUAAUUUGAUAUACAGAAAGGGUCAUAUUUCUGCCAAAUUAUCCUUCACAAAAUGGCAUUAAAGUGUAAACUCUUCUCACGCUUAAAGAGCUAUUUCCAAAUCUCUUCUGGAGCUUUCAUCCACAUCUCAACUCCUCCCAGCAUUUUUGAGUUAAUCAUGUGACCAAAGUCCCAUACUGUAUGUAAUAUAAUGCAGUACACAACUCAGGAUUUUUACUUGAGUUAAGAUGUGUUAUGUUACAAAAGGCCAAGAGUUCUUUUAGACUCAACAGUCUCUUUGUUUUUACACAUUUUAAAGCCUGUGCAUUAUCUUUGCAUUGUGCCCCCAUUGUGUUGAGUGUGUGUGUAUGUAUGUAUGUAUGUGUGUAUUGUGUGUUUGUGUGUGCAUGUGCAGCAUCAGUAUGAGGCAGCAGGGGGAGCUGUUGCUUUAGAGUGAAGAGGAUAAAAAUCUGCGUAGCCCUGAAUAGGAUACCUGUAACUGAGUGUUUCGAGAGCAGUUUUAAGGGUUUUUUUUCCCCCCCAUCUUUGUCAUGUAUUUGUGACAAUAUAGAUUUUUGUUCAGCUUGAUGUCCAGACAGUCUAUUACAGGACUUGAUUGGUUUACAAACAUGCCAUUUAUUUAUGGUCGAGCCUUUCUCUGUGGGACAAAAGUGGAAUGUGCUAUCUUUAUAAAUAUAACUGACAGCAUUAGUCUGAAGUCUUUCUCAGACUUUAUGACUGCUUAUCUUUAACGUAUUGCUCUACCUUUAAAUGUGUUUGGUCGACUUCCUACAAGGAAAUCAAAUCUCCAAUAACUAACAGGCAAAGGUCAUGUUCUCUCUAGACUUCUCCACAAGGCCACUAAAACAGGCUUCUGUAUGUUAAGCAAACCAUGUUAUCUAUACCCUUCUUCUACCCUUUAAAAGGGACACUAUUUUGACCAAUUAGUAUUGACCAGCAGUGCUUUAAAAAAAUAUCUAGUACAAUAUACAAUAUCUAGUCUCAUAUUACAAUCUUUAAACAUUCCACUGUUUUAGAGUCCUCCAUAAAGAGAGCCAAAGGGGAAGUGGAUAAAAUAACUCCACUGUUGAAUGGGACACUUGCUCACAUGAUCAGAAGCUGUCAGCUGAACAGAAAUCACACAAAGAUGAUUCAGUUGUUUCUUUUUGUCUUUCUCUUUGUAAUUGUAGAUCUGGCCAUGUAAUGUGGUGCACCUCAUAUUUGAUCACACUUCUCUGUAAUUCAUUCGGAUCAGCGAGAUCCCUCCUCUGCUCUCAAACACAUCAGUGACAGCUUUUCUCCAGGAUGUCCCACGUGACGUCAUGAAUAUAUAAACACAAAAACAAGCACAUACUGUAUCACCACGGCAACAACCUCACGACAAACAAAUCUCUCUUUCGUGCGUUUUCCCUUGAUGAGUGGAUGAAUGGUAAAGGUAAAUCUUAGAUGCCUGAGUGUGAGCUUAUAAUGUUAGUGCUUCUGGUGUAAA